AGUGUCCGGACUGGAAGGGGUGAAAGUGUCCAGACUGGAACAGGGGGAAAGUGUCCAGACAAGAAGGGGGUGAAAGUGUCCGGACUGGAAGGGGGGGAAAGUGUCUGGACUGGAAGGAGGGGAAAGUGUCCAGACUGGAAGGGGGGGAAAGUGUCCGGACUGGAAGGGGGUGAAAGUGUCCGGACUGGAAGGGGGGAAAGUGUCCGGACUCGAAGGGGUGAAAGUGUCCAGACUGGAAGGGGGUGAAAGUGUCCGGACUGGAAGGAGGUGAAAGUGCCUGGACUGGAAGGGGGUGAAAGUGUCCGGACUGGAAGGGGGGAAAGUGUCCAGACUGGAGGGGGGGAAAGUGUCCGGACUGGAAGGGGGUGAAAGUGUCCGGACUCGAAGGAGGUGAAAGUGCCUGGACUGGAAGGAGGUGAAAGUGUCCGGACUGGAAGUGCUGAAAAUUGGCCUGGGCAGGAAGGGGGUAAAAGUGUCCGGACAGGAAGUGGUUAAA